AAGUCCCUGCUGAGGGACUUACGAGUCUUCCCGUCAGAAGCUGUGCGAGACCCCGUGUUUCCUGAUUCGGGAGGAGGGCUUGUGUUUCCGCGAGCGCCGGGUCUGUCGGGGCGGUGAGGAGCUGGAGCUGGGGCAUGGACAGCCGCCUGCAGGAGAUCCGGGAGCGGCAGAAGUUACGGAGGCAGCUCCUCGCUCAGCAGUUGGGAGCUGAAAGUGCAGAUAGCAUUGGUGCUGUGUUAAAUAGCAAAGAUGAGCAGAGGGAAAUUGCUGAAACAAGAGAAACUUGCAGGGCUUCCUAUGAUACAGCUGCUCCAAAUUCAAAACGGAAGUGUCUGGAUGAAGGAGACACAGAUGAAGACAAAGUGGAAGAGUAUAAGGAUGAACUAGAAUUACAACAGGAGGAAGAAAAUUUGCCAUAUGAAGAAGAGAUUUACAAAGAUUCCAGUACCUUUCUUAAGGGAACGCAGAGCUUAAAUCCCCAUAAUGAUUACUGCCAGCAUUUUGUAGACACUGGACAUAGACCUCAGAAUUUCAUCAGGGAUGUAGGUCUAGCUGACAGAUUUGAAGAAUACCCUAAACUCAGGGAGCUCAUCAGACUAAAGGAUGAGUUAAUAGCUAAGUCAAAUACUCCUCCUAUGUACUUACAAGCAGACAUAGAAGCCUUUGACAUCAGAGAAUUGACACCCAAAUUUGAUGUCAUCCUUCUGGAGCCUCCUUUGGAAGAAUACUAUAGAGAGACCGGCAUCACUGCGAAUGAGAAGUGCUGGACGUGGGAUGACAUUAUGAAGUUAGAAAUCGAUGAGAUUGCAGCCCCUCGGUCAUUUAUAUUCCUGUGGUGCGGUUCCGGGGAAGGACUGGACCUUGGGAGAGUAUGUUUACGAAAGUGGGGUUACAGAAGAUGUGAAGACAUUUGUUGGAUUAAAACCAAUAAGAACAAUCCUGGGAAGACUAAGACUCUAGAUCCAAAGGCAGUUUUUCAGAGAACAAAGGAACAUUGCCUCAUGGGGAUCAAAGGAACCGUGAAGCGAAGCACGGAUGGGGACUUCAUUCAUGCUAAUGUUGACAUUGACUUAAUUAUCACAGAAGAACCUGAAAUUGGCAAUAUAGAAAAACCUGUAGAGAUUUUUCAUAUAAUAGAGCAUUUUUGUCUUGGAAGAAGACGUCUUCAUCUAUUUGGAAGAGAUAGUACUAUCAGGCCAGGCUGGCUCACGGUGGGACCGACGCUUACAAACAGUAACUACAAUGCAGAGACAUACGCAUCCUAUUUCAGUACCCCCAAUUCAUACUUGACUGGAUGUACAGAAGAGAUCGAGAGGCUCAGACCCAAGUCGCCUCCUCCCAAAUCCAAGUCUGACCGCGGUGGUGGAGCUCCCAGAGGUGGGGGAAGAGGAGGAACAUCUGCUGGCCGUGGUCGAGAAAGAAAUCGAUCCAAUUUCCGAGGAGAAAGAGGUGGCUUUAGGGGUGGCCGUGGAGGCACACACAGAGGUGGCUUUCCACCUCGGUAACUUAAGGACACUUAACAAUGUCCCCUGUGACUUUUGUUGUGGAGACUUCUUUAGAACGGACUCCCAGCUUGCACUUGGCUUUAGGUUCUCAUGCUAACCCCACCCCACCCCCAGGUCCUUGCUGUGUCACAGAGACUGCAGUUGUGCUCAGGGUAGGUGAGUCACGUGCAUGCACCAGGACAGAGUAGAACACUCAGAUACUGACAUGACUGAUUCCACAAUACUUUGGCUUCUUGGAAAUAGGUAAGCAGGGGCUUCUGCAUCUCAGGAUCAUGACAGGAGUCUGCCGUGUUUCCCUUGCCAUGGCUUCCACAGCUAUGGGAGACUGGGAACCUGGGUAGAACACACUGGGGGCAGGUGCUGAGCCUCUUUGGGGCCUUUAACAGUUUCUUGUUGAAACACUAAAAAGAUGUAGAGCAUUUCCCCUUUACUUUUAAACCCUAAAACAGACCUUUAGAUACCAUUUGAGUACUGAAGACUCAGAGAGAUAAAACAAAUCACUUUCUUCCAGAUCAGGAACUGAGGGGUGCUGGAGCCCUCAGGAUAGGUAAAGGAAGAGGUAGAACUUAGUAGAUUUAAAAAACAAACCAAAAGCUUAUCAUAAUGGAAAUUGUGUAGCUGCAGGUGACCCAUAAUCAUGCUUCUUAAGCAAAAGGAGGCACAUCCCCAGAUUGGAGGGCUGAGGUGUAGACUUGAUCUUGAGCGCACCUUCUAAGGUGAUUGAUGUUUCUUAACAAAGGUGAAAACAGAUGUUCUGGGGGUUGAUUUAAACAUUUUACAGAAUAAAUGCUUGGUGAUGAGGAAAUGACAUAAAUCUUUAAAGUUGCUAACGAAAAAAAGUUAUGUAAAAGCAAUUACAAAAUACCCUCAAGAAUAUAGCUUGGGAAAUGGAACUGCUGUUGCCUUUUAUUAAAACAGUGGUGCGUGUGUCUCCAUGGGGCUGGAUGUCACUGGCUGUGGAAAGCUGCAUGCUGUUGCCUUUCCACACCUUUACUCAUGUGUGAAUGGAUUUGGAUAUGCCAGAUGAGAUGAUACAUUAUUGUUCUUGCUAACUCCUUUUUUUAUUUUGCUAUAACUUUUCUAAUAAAACUUUAAAACUUU